AAGCAGUUGUGGCGCGCGGGUGAGGUCCGAGCGGUUCGUCGCGGACUUGUGCCCUCUUCAGCCCGUCUCGCCGCCGCCGCCUCCUCCACCUCCGCCAUGGGGAAGCGACAGCACCAGAAGGACAAAAUGUACAUUACCUGUGCUGAGUACACUAACUUCUAUGGUGGCAAGAAGCCAGAUAUCCCACAAACGAAUUUUCGUCGUUUACCUUUCGACCACUGCAGUCUCUCUCUGCAGCCCUUCGUCUACCCAGUGUGCACCCCCGAAGGCGUUGUCUUUGACUUGCUAAGCAUCGUGCCUUGGCUGAAGAAGUACGGGACCAACCCCAGCACCGGAGAGAAACUCGAUGGGAGGUCCCUGAUCAAGCUGAAUUUUGCAAAGAACCAGGAAGGUAAAUACCACUGCCCGGUGCUGUUCACCGUGUUCACCAACAACACCCACAUUGUGGCUGUCAGGACCACUGGCAACGUCUACGCGUAUGAGGCCGUGGAACAGCUGAACAUCAAGGCCAAGAACUUCCGAGACCUGCUGACGGAUGAGCCCUUCUCCCGGCAGGACAUCGUCACCCUCCAGGACCCCACCAAUUUGGACAAAUUCAACGUCUCCAACUUCUUUCAUGUGAAGAAUAACAUAAAAAUGACAGACCCAGAUGAAGAAAAAGCCAAGCAGGACCCGUCUUACUACUUGAAAAACACCAACACUGAGACCCGGGAGACCCUGCAGGAGCUCUACAAGGAGUUCAAGGGGGACGAGAUCCUGGCCGCCACCAUGAAAGCCCCCGAGAAGAAGAAAGUGGACAAGCUGAAUGCCGCCCAUUACUCCACGGGGAGGGUCAGCGCGUCCUUCACCUCCACCGCCAUGGUCCCUGAGACCACGCACGAAGCAGCUGCCGUCGACGAGGAUGUGCUGCGGUACCAGUUCGUGAAGAAGAAGGGCUACGUGCGGCUCCACACCAGCCGGGGCGACCUCAACCUGGAGCUGCACUGUGACCUGACUCCAAAGACCUGUGAAAACUUCAUCAAGCUCUGCAAGAAGCAUUAUUAUGACGGCACCAUCUUCCACCGAUCCAUCAGGAACUUUGUGAUCCAAGGGGGUGACCCCACCGGCACAGGCACAGGUGGCGAGUCGUACUGGGGCAAGCCCUUCAAAGACGAGUUCCGGCCUAACCUCUCGCACACGGGCCGGGGCGUCCUCAGCAUGGCCAACUCGGGGCCCAACAGCAACAAGUCACAGUUCUUCAUCACCUUCCGCUCCUGCGCCUACCUCGACAAGAAGCACACCAUCUUCGGGCGGGUCGUGGGGGGCUUUGACACCCUGACAGCCAUGGAGAACGUGGAGAGUGACCCCAAAACUGACCGCCCUAAGGAGGAAAUCCGAAUCGACUCCACCACGGUGUUCGUCGACCCCUACGAAGAGGCCGACGCUCAGAUCGCCGAGGAGCGGAGGAAGACGCAGGAGGAAGAGGAGGCCCCGGAGACCACGGCGAAGACCAGCCAGCCCAAGGCGAGCAGCCAGGGCCCCCAGGCCUUCCGCCAGGGCGUGGGCAAGUACAUCAAUCCGGCGGCCACGAAACGUGUGGCCGAGGAGGAGCCAUCCAGCAGCACGGCCAUACUGGGGGCCAAGAAGCGGCCCAGCCGGGGCUUCGGGGACUUCAGCUCCUGGUAGUGCAGCCUGCGGCCCCAGGCCUGGUUCCACCAGCCGCCGCCGCCUUCCCGGUCUCCUUUGUCCAGCUGGCCGUCUGUCUGUCUGGAGCCCACCCUCCCCCCAUCGACCCCACGCCUCAUGCAAGCAGCCGGCCCCACUGCUCCUGGAGAAGGACCACCAGGCCCUGCAGGGGCGGGAACCCAGGCCCCCUCCCCUCUGGCCUCAGAUGUAGCCUUGCUGCUCCCAGGGGUCUGUCCUGUGCUCGUAGACCCCUGCUCCCUUGUCACCUGUGCUCAGUGGCUCCUGGGCCAGCCGCAUGAGCAGUCCUGAACUUGAACCCUCCUGUGACCCCAUUUUUCUGUAAAACAUCUUCAAAAUGAUCCUUGUCUGUCCUCCGUGCUUUUCCUUUGUUCUUUAGCCUUGCUAAUCUGCCUUCUGUCCUCUGGACCUGCAGAAACUGCUGCCUUGGGUCCUGCCAGAGGCUCCUCAGCCGUGCCAGGCACUGCUCACCUGUCCUGCAGCCUCGGGCCCUGAGCACGUCCCCUCCCAGCCCACCCAGCCCAUGCGAUAGAGAUUCUCACUUCGGCUCACCUUCUCCCUCAGUCCAACAGCAAGUCUCUGCCACUCCUCCUCCUAGAACGUGUUCUGGUGCCAGAGCCCUUGGCUCACGCCUGGGUGUCCCCCUGAGCUGCAGGACCCUCAACUGUCUCGCUGUCUCUGCCCAUCACCUGCAUCCCACAGCUGCCACAUGAUUGUCAUAAACGCAUCGAUCCUUGGCCAUCUUGCUGCAAACCUGCUGUUCUGCACUGAGCAUGAGCCCACACUCCUCACCUGCACUCGGUGCCAACCCUUCUCUCCCACGGAAACACGGCUGGGGCCUCUGGGUCCGCUGAGGGCUGGCACAACCACUCCUCUGUGUUCCUCACCCCCAGCAGAUGUCUGGGCAUCGCCCACGUGCACGGGUGCAGCCACUGCCCACAGGCUGCCCGGGAGGGAGAGUGGGGCUGGCCCAGGCCCAGGAAGACUGGGCGACACACAGACGCCCCAGGCGAAGCAGUGGCCUGAGCCUGCAGCCCGACAGCAGUGGUCUCUGCUGUUUCACUGUCUUCUCGCCACCGAGGCCCGGGAUGCAGCGGUGAGCCCAGCACAGGGAGAGGAGCCAGCUGCUCCCGAGAUGGAGGGCAGCGCCCGGUGUGGGCUGGUGCUGGCACUGUUAGAAACGAGACUUCAUCUUCGAAAGCUUUAUUUUCAAUCUCACAGAUACAGAGAGGAUCAGAGGCUGGCAGGGCCUUCCCCGUCCUGCUGAGGCGAGCUGCAGGUGUCCCGGGCCCGUCCCUGCCGGCCGUUCCACCUGGGGGGCCUGGGGACGCCCCCCCCUUGCCGGCCCUCGAUGGCUCAGACCUGCUGCUCAGGACAGAGGCGGCAGCACCGGGCACCGCUUCAGAGCCUCGGACAAACACGUGUUUACAUUUCUACAUUUCAGAGCUCAAAUCCCAGUUUUUUUAGAUAUACAUCACUUGGAUUUUAUAAAUACCUGAUGAGGUCAUCAGAUCAAUUAAAGAACUUGUGAAAAAAUUCCCAUUUCUGAUCCUUUCUGAUAGAUGCCAUCAAGAAUAAGUGUUAGGUAUAAAAAUACUAUAUAUAUAUAUAAAAUGGCAACAGAACUGAACUAAAACAAAUUGCUCUGCCACUAUAGUGUCUUAAGUUAAAAGGUUUAAGUUAAAGACAUAAUCCUGGCAUCACCUUCUGUUCUUAAGGAAAAAGUGUUUUAAAUAAUUUAAGUAGGACCGGAUGAUGGCUGUUGUUUAGAGAUUUAAGAGGGCGGAACGUUCCAGCACGCGCUCCCCAGCACGCCUGGUGGGGGGGGUGUUGGGAACCCCACUUCCCUGAAGCCAGCUCCUGGUGGGUUCAUUUGGUUUAAAAAGGAGCUUGGAUUUUGCUGAAGACCAACAGAAAAAGUGAUAAAGGUUUUGUUGGCAUCAAUUACAAAAACAAAUACAAAUCGAGUCAAAAGAUCACCAGUAGAAAACUGUGUCACCACGAGAGACAGUACAAGAAACCAAAGUGCUCACAGCGAAGGAGCCGCAAACGCCCGGAACAUGGAAAAACUCUCACAUGUAUGAAAAUUGGUCAUUUUAGGAGAGUCUCUUCAAUUUAAACGGAACAUCUGGUUGAAAAGAGGUCAGCAGCCAGCACCGGGUCUGGACACGGCCCCCCAGACUGCCCCCUCCAGUCCCUCGGCACCCCCGGAUGUAGCACGGACGCUAAACUCCCUCUUGGAAGAGAGACUUGAGUAGAAACAAAUGUCAAUUUAAGGUAAGUUUUCAAUUAUUUGGUACUCAUUGCUCCAUCAAGGAAGACGUCUUUGUGUCUCAGUCCCUCCAGAGCCCCGAAGAAGGCACCGGAGCCCGCAAGCUUGGCUACCGCACGUGCCACCCCGGCUGCAGGGUGGAGGCCUGGCCAGCAAGGUCACCCUGCCGUCGGGGUAGCCGCUCUCGAAAGCCUUAAGGCUGGGUGCCAUCGUUAGAAACGGGGAACGCACUGGGACAGCCUUGUCUGCAGAAGGGAACCGACAGCGAGAGAAGCUUACAGAGCUGGACACAGAUUUCCUCCCCUUCCCAAGCUGGAGGCGGCUUCAGCAGGGCUCUCUCCCGGCCUUCACCCCUGCCGGGCCAGGGGCUGGGAGAGGCAUGGGCUGGCGAGGACCUCGGAGAGCCCAGAGGGGCUCACAGUCUUUCCCCAUGGCCGUGGUCGUCAUGCUCGGGGCCAAGAGAAGGAAACUGGGUGAGGAUUGUUUCCCUGAUCUGUCCCCAGCCAGCUGCACUCGGCUCCCGAGCUACCCCGUGUCAGGGCCAUGACACUGGGCUGGGGCUGGGCCCACUGCAUGUCCGUCUCCCUCAGGGCCUUCCCCUGCCCCUCUGCACCCCUGUGCCAGCACCUGUGGCAGCCAUGGGUCAGGCCCAUCAGUGAAAACCUUGAAAACGAGAGAACUAGGGCACCUGUUCUCUACAAAUCGGCCCCGGCGUGCCGAGACCUCCUGUAGCGGCCCCAAAGGGCCCCGGGUCCACACCACUGAACCAGGCAGCACGGGGAGAGCUUCCCCGGCAAACCACACACCCUCAUUCACAAAGUUUAAACCUAUCUUGCAGUUGUAAGCUUUUCUGAAAAAACUUGGGGGGGGGAACCCCACAAAAGUUCUGGCCUCUCUCAUAUGCAAAAAUGAUUCUUUUUCUUUACCUCCAUAGUGGGAAAUGAAAUCCGAUUUUUACUCUGUCCAGUGCAUUGAAGUGUAACUACACAGAACCAGCACAGCAACUUACCAACCCGUACGUUGUGAUCCCCCUUACGAGGGGAGCCCCAAGGCCAGAGUCCUGCCGAGACCGGACACGCUGGCAACGCCGCCGUCCCACAGCCAGUUCGUGUGUGCACCGGUGAGGAAUCUGCUGCCUUAAAUCAACGUUUCCAUCAGACGCGCUUCUCUAGUUACAGCUCCUCUAAAAAGUUACCAGUGAUGACCUUUGUACGUUUGAACAAGGCUAAAAAAAUACCCUUGAUGUAUAAAUUCACUGUUUCUGGAAAUUUCCUAAAUGAGCACUACUGUCCUUAACAGUUCAUCUGCCAGAAGAACAACACAUUUGUCCUUUUGCGAUGGAAAAAAAAAUGCUUGUGAGCUCCUCCCUCUGAAGAGGGAGCGGUGGGACGUUGUCUCCAGAUAUCCUGCUGAACAAAAGCAGGCACAGCCAGAGUCUACGUUAAAAGGUUAAGAGAAGGUAUCAGCUAGACAGAGGAGUCAUCAGUUGGUUAUCUUUCUGUAGAGCUCGAGGAGUUAGGAAAAGGUCAUCGGGAAACUCCAGGAACGACCGUGCACACGAGGGGGUCGCAGUCCGGAGGGGACACCUCACCCGAGGAAGGGGCCGCGGGCCUGCAGUGUGCAGCGCUGGGGUCCAGUUCAGGAAACAGCGUCGCCGGGUGCCCCUAGGCCUCCGUCUCGGCUCCAGUCUCUCUCACAGAAUCGGACGGAGCUCUCACUCUACUCCCAGCCAUUGUCUUUGAUCAUGUGGGCAAGCUCAAUAAUAAACUUGCCUUCUUUAUAUUUCUGACUGCUCUCAAAGGCGUGUUCCUUGAAAAGAAAAAACAAGUAGAGAAGGUUUCAGGACAGACUCUUUCAUUUCUCAACUGCAUAACCCUCUUGGCAGAAGGAAUACAUUGCAGCGCUGUCUGCACGCGGCUGCUGGCUGCGUGGGUUUGCUUGUACUUGUCCUGAAGUUACAAUUACACACAGAGGAAAAUGUUAAUUCAACUUUGUGGACUGAACAUCUAGACCUUGGGCGAGACAUUCCCUUCCAGGAAUUCAUCUAAGCAGAUCAGAAGCCCUCCUCAGCCGGUCCCUGCUGGAUGUGCAGCCCGCUGUGGAGAGGCACACGCCGGGCCUGUCCUGGGAAAGGUUUCUGUACAGGGGACCCAGACAGGGAACCCCGGGACGGGCCAGGGGACAGCCUCUUGCCGGUCCUGACCCUAAGCUGCAGAGCACCCACCUGACAGGGAGACCAGGAGAGGUCAGGGCGUCAAGGAAGGAGCUGAGGCCGUGACCUGAGGCCACCCAAGCUGGGCGGGUCACGGGGGGCCCCUCGCGCCUCCCUGAUGGGCAGGAGGAGGUGAGGCAUGGCCCAGCACUGCAUCCUCAUCUGUCUCGGGCAGGGAGGGGCCCAGGAGUCUCCAGCAGGGUCUCCAGCUGGCUCCCAGAGAGGCUACGUCCCCAGGGCUGCAAAAAGCAGUGCCACCCUGGCUACCGGCUGCACCGCGCGCAUCUCUAGACGGGGAGGCCUGGAGAGUCCUGCCGGGGUCCCUGCCCCUGGUUCAGUGGGGCCCUCAGCGCCAGAGGGCAGGGGCUGCAGGGCGAGGCUGCUGGAGAAGCGGCCGUGCCCACCGUGCCCACAGACCGGCGCAGCGGGGACACUGGCUUUGUGUCAGCCCCCGUGACAACACGCAUUUUUUACUGGCUUUGAAAGAAGUUGUUUUAAAUAGGUUUUCUUUGACAUGACCUAGCACACUUCCUUGCAAACUAAUAUGGUGUCCCCCUGUGAUGUUUUAUCUAUUACAGUAAAUCCGUGCAUUCUUUGAAAUGUUAAAAGACGGUUACUCACGUAUUUCCAGCCGAGCGUGGUUUUGCAGUUUUCACAGUAGAUGUCCGCGACAGCGUGUAAACCAGUGAGGAGGACCCUCUCCUCUGCGGGCCCGCAGCCCACGUUCACCCUGCGGGGAGAACAGCACCCUCCUUGGGCCUGCCCCCAGCUGCAGCACCCCCCCGCCCAGCCCCGGCCCAUCGGGGCGCUGCCAGCUCCCCACCCGCCUCCUGCCUUGGGUGGUGGGUUCCCAGCUGGUCACCGGAGAUCAGUGAUACACUUUUUCAGCAGUUUUCCUUCCCAGCUCCCCACCUCCCCUCCCCUCUGCCCACCAGCGCCUUUUUAUUUCCCCACAAGAACCCCAAGAUGGGAUAGGAUGUGAGGGGAUGGCCACAGUUUCGUUGUAGCCUAGUAAAAAUCAUGAUCUGUUGACAAUGAAGAAUGAUUAAACCAAAACGUUGGGGGGAACUAAAUUCUCAGAUAAAAGAAUUAAACUUUCGUGGAACUCCAAGGCUAGGGAGUUAGCAUUCUUUAAGAUCAUAAAAGACACUGGGUAAUUCAAGAUGAGUGGUGGAACUCAAAUUAUUAAAAGCUGGAAUUGGUAAAUAAACAAUUACAUGGAUGUACAAAA